GUCUUGAACUCGUGACCUUGAGACCAUGGUAUGAAGUGAAACCAAGAGUCGGACACCUAAUGGACUGAGUCGCCCAAGUGCUCCAAAACCCCUAUAUUUUAAAUAAUAAAAGUUAUAAGUGGUUUUCUUAGCUUAAAAAUCCUUAAACUUUCUCCUAAAUCUGUUUUAGAGGCCACACACACACACACACACACACAAAAUACGUAUUUCCUCUUCGUCUCAAAUUUUAAUUACGCUCAUUCAAGAUCUCUGGUAAAUAUUUUUACUCCCUUUGCAUUUGGCUUGCUAGUCGCAGGUGGCAGGAAUAUUUCUGUCUCCCAUUUGGUUGUUAUUGUUGUUGUUAGUUUAAAAUAUGGAGUGCUUGAGGCCCACGUGGCCAAAAUUCGGACCAUGGGACAAUUUCGGAAUCUCUUCUCCAUGGAAAAGCCCAGUCUGCGGACCACACAUUUACCUGACCAGUAAAUAGAAAGACACGUUCCAGAAGGGCAAGGAAAACAGGGAAGAAUCACAACCCAUUUGUCAGGUGGGGGCUGGCAGGCACAUUUUAUCUGUGCAUUUAAAUGUUUUAAUCAUUCAUGAGUCUGAGCAAGCUUGGCAGGAGCGGAGCCCUCCUGGCCCCGUUGAUUCAGGUCCCUGGAUUCUGCAGACUGUCGAGUGCUCAACUGUGUACGAGCUGACGUCCACCCAGCCUUCAGGGUCUGGGGUCUGCCUUACGUCUGCUGCAUGACUAAUAACAUAGAAGGUCUCUAAGUUACGGAACGAUAUUUCAAUUUUUCCUAAUGUAAGACAGCAUCUGAGAAGGAAAGUAGCUUUGGACUCAAGAUUUGAAGAUAUCUGCUCUUAAUAGAGGCCACAUUUAUUAAAUACUAAAAUCGGGCCCCUGUCCACACGCUCUCGGGGACCAGCUGAAGAGCCACAGGAGUAGGCCUGAGCCGGCGCGCUCUGGGGUAGAGACGUGCGUGAGUCUCACCUCGCGUUCUGCAUUUAAUCCGUUCAAUCCAGGGCGGCGCUGAGUUGGACAUUUUACUAAGUGGUGGGGGUACAGAGUUGCAAAAUACUGAUGAGUGUAAUCCCCACGCGGAGGGAGGGCCUAGCAUUGCACAGACAGCAUCAUGCGCCUGAGCCGUUCUGGCUCAGAGGGGCGGGUGAGGGGUUCGGGAGUCCAGGGAAAGGAGAGCACGUCAGCACAAACCCGGUUAGCUCAGAGACAGUGUCCAAGGGGCGGACCAAACAGCCAUAAACACAAACAAGGGGAGACCGCCUGUCUCAUGGAAGGGACCGGAAGGAGACCAAAUCUGAAGGACAGCGGGACUCGUCCUGUUCCAUUUGACUCUUCUCAAGGGACCACGGUAGGAGUCUUGCCUCCUCCUUGGCUGGGCUCCUGGCCAGCAGGCAGACGGCUUAAGUCAACGCCGGUCAUCUGUCCUGAACUCUUCAUUUAUUGAAGCAACUGCCGGUGCCUUUGAAUUCCGCGGGAUGUGGAAUUCAAACAUAACCCAGUGGUCGGACGGGUCUCCCAAGUCCUCCGUCACACGUGUACACGGACAUGCGGGGGCUGAACCUCCCAGGUGCCCACUCUGCUCCAUGAGCGAGAGGCCGCCUGCCCGGCCACAGAAGGAGCCCCCCACCCAGGCACCCCCAGACCCCUCUCUGCUGGGCCCACACCUCCCAGACCGCCCGCUUUCCUGUUCAGCCUUGGUCUCCCUGCCUGCGAGUUGUUUGUCCGAGCUGGUCCUGCCCCACGGAAGCCCCCAGUGUGCUCAGCCCCCACUGACUUCCUUCCUUCUGAACCUUUCAGGCUGGGCUCGUCCUUUUAAAGGAGGCAUACACAGGGCCGGGCCUCAGGGCCAGCAGCUCAGAUCCCCUCCCCGUGCCGGAUCCUAAGAUUGCAUCAUCUUCUGCAUCUUCUGCCUCUCUUUUUUGCAGGCACAUCACUAAUUGAGCCAUGACACCCCAAACCUUGUUCACACAUAGAUAAGCGGGGCCAACACCUCCCCUGUCCUCAGUUUGUGUUGUUUUUUUUUUUUAAAGGUGUGUUUUAAUUUAAGGGGACUGGAUAUUUGUGUCCACUAGAUCACAAUUUGGAGACCAGCGUUCGUGACUUAUUACGAUAGGUUUGUGCCCUGAAACCUUGUUGCCUGUGUUCUCUCCUCUCAGCAGAGGGGAUGCCCCGUUUUCAUGGACACCCUCCUCGGAUGGCGUCUUCCGUGUGGUCAGCACCCCUCUGCAUUCGUCCGCAGAGACAGGAGUGCUGGGGAUUCUCCCUCUCCCUCUGCCCCUCACCCCACUCUCUCUCAAAUAAAUAAAUCUUUAAAAAAAAAAAAAAAAAAAAAAGCUAAGCUGAGAAUGCUUUCUGCCCAUAUUGAGAGAGCUAUCGCCGGUGCUUGACUCUGGCGUGCCCAUGGGGACGGUGUUGCCCACUGGGAUCCCGGGCCCUUCCUUGUCAUCCUUUUCCCCUCGGUCCCUACAGACCUUCCCUGCCCUAAUGCGGCCUGGAAUCUGUCCCCAAAGUGCAAGCAAGCUCCCAGCCCUCAGUCUCUCGGGGUCCGGUCCUGGCUCUGACCUGGAGCUGUGAGCGGAGGCUGCUUCCAGGGGCCCCGUCACGCUCCUGCCAGUCGUGGUCCUCCAACCCCCGCCGGGACCUGGGGUGUUCUCUGCGCUCUCUCCUUCAGAGACCCGCCGCGGCACAGCUCCCUGAAAUCCAGCCUGUGAGCCUUGCUUCCUUCGGCACUGAGCAGAUUGACCUCAGACUGCACCUGGGCCCUGCAGAGUCUCGGGUCCCUUCUCCUAGGCUCUCGUGCCUUUGGAACCUCCUGUUUUUGUUCUGUGAACAGUUCUCGACUAUCCCCUGGCAUCAUCGCAAUGAGAAAGUCGGACUAUGAUGGGAAUCAGGUCUGGUUUGAGGGCUUCUGUCAUACAUAAGGGGACACUGUGCUGUGCCCCCCCAGGCCACCCUCGCCUCUUUUCUUCCUGAUGCAGCGUGUCCCCCUGCCGGUGGCCUGCUGUGGCUCCCGUCACCCUUAAAGUCGUCCCACUGCUUUCCCACCCUCCUGCCUGUCACCAGGCAGGGCCCACACUGUCACCAGCAGCGCACAGCCACACAGCACACGGCAGGAUCACAGCCCUACCCACCUGCCUUACCGCUGUGGUGGUUUCAAGCAAGGUUGUUUCUCUCCAUGUCCCCACACCUCUCCAGCCGCAGGUGUGCGGACCUACACCCGUGUCUCGGCGCCACUAGCUGAAGAACCUCUCACACCCACGAUCACGGGCCCCGCCUGCCCUCCCAUCCCCCGGUCUCAUUUGAUAAAAGAAACAAGCCACCAACCAGAUGAUUACAAAUAAUCCCAGCUGAAGGCAUUCAGAAGCCUUUGCAACUGGACGGUCCUAUUUCCAGAGCAUUCUAGUGCAGAGCCCGGUGCUAAGGAGACCCUGGAGAAUGAGCUUGCCCCUGGAGAGGGACAGGGAGCGUGCCUAGGAAUACGGACUCCAGAGAGCUCCGAGGUCAGAAAGCCUGAUGUCACCCCCACCGCCUGGCCUGCCUCGUGUCCUGUACUCCCCGUGUCAGUGGGACCUGCUCCCUUUCUCUGGCAGCCGGGAGAGAUUAGGCCCCUCUGGGGUGCUCCAGGGGGUCCGAUCUUCGGGACCUACUAGGAAAGUACAGGUGGGGACUCCCUUUUUCUGGAUGUAACACUGGGAUCUGAUGAGGGGAGACACUCCGUCCUGGGCUCUGGCCCGUGUGCCAACUCGCUGUCCCAUUUACUGAUUUAUUUGUUUCCCUGGAGAGCGAAAGGAAAAUCUUGGCCAUCCAGCAGCUAGGAAUGUGGGCAUCAGGGCCAGGCUGCCCACGUGGCCUCCCCUGUCUGCCCUUGCUGCGUGACCUUCUUGUGUGGCUCAACCUCUCUGUGCCCGAGCUUCCACCCGGACGCAAGAUGACAGCGUGACCCCCCUCAGCGGGUCCUUGUGAGAGCUAAGUGCCCCAGGGCAAGUAAAGGGCCGUGUGUCUGGCACAGACUUCGUGUUUCAGAUGUCACUGGGGUGGCGGCCCCCUCCCCACAUGGCCCACCUAGUGCCCGUCCUAAGCUGACUCCUCAUCGACCUUUCACUGUGUCCCCACAGCGCCCCUGGUCGGCCACAGCUGCUCCCUCCGGCCUUGACAAGUGUGAAAACCAAAACCAGGGAAGGUGUGUGACUUGCCCCCGAGAUCUCAGUGCUCCAAGCGAGUGGAGCGGACAUUCCCAGGCACAAAUGUCAGCUUCAGAGUCUGGACUCUUGACUUAUGAUCGAAGCAUUGCGUAAAGGAGGGUUACUAACUAGGUUGAUUAUUUAAAACCAUGGUCUCAGACAUGCCCCCACGUCGGAAUCCCCGGGAGGGGGCUUGUGACAACACAGGGCGCUGGGCCCACCCCUAGAGCUUCUGCUCCGCGCAUCUGGGGCUGCCCGGAGAAUUUGCUCCUCUGACAAGUUCUCAGUUGAUGCUGACGCUGCUGGUCCACGGACCAAGCCUGGAGACCCACAGAUUCCAAAUGUCGAUCAGAGAUCUCGUAGUCCCAAUUACUGUCUAGGUCACUGUGUCUUGUACUCGACAAAAUUUAUCUCCCUGUUCUCCUUCAUCUAUAGAGGCCAUGUGAGAAGUGCUAGCGCUCAGGGUCAUUGUCUUCUCUCCUGUGGCUCUGGGGUGGGACUCAUCAGUUCAUCACCAGGCUGUGCGUCAGAAGGAUGCGCGUGAAAUGCCUCUGAUUUUCCUUACCAACAAAGCUCUGCAAACAGCACCUGUCCCUGCCCUCGAUGUGACUUUAAUGGAAUCAGGAAUGCAGAUCCAGCAGGAUAAUUUAAGGAUAAUGCCAGCCCUUGGCCCUCACGCAUGGGGCUGGCCGCUUGAGAUGCUAACGAGAUCUGUCACCUCCACAGACGCUGCCAUCCACCCUUCAGCAGCUCGAAAUCCCGUAGAAAAUCGUGGCUUCACCCCGGGGCACGCUCCGUUAUCAUGGGUGCUAAAAAAGGAGAUAGGAGCCGGUAAUGUUAAAGUAGAGGCUCAGAGUGAUGAAGAGAAUGGGCGUGCCUGUGAGCUGAAUGGGGAAGAAUGUGCGGAGGACUUACGCGUGCUUGAUGCCGCGGGAGAGAAAAUGAAUGGCUCCCACGGUGGCCAAGGCAGCAGAGCUUUGUCGGGAGCUGGAGGCAUUCGACUUCCUAACGGCAAACUAAAGUGUGAUGUCUGUGGGAUAAUUUGCAUCGGCCCCAAUGUGCUCAUGGUCCACAAGCGAAGCCACACUGGGGAACGGCCUUUCCAGUGCAACCAGUGCGGGGCCUCGUUCACGCAGAAGGGCAACCUGCUUCGACACAUCAAGCUGCACUCCGGGGAGAAGCCCUUCAAGUGCCACCUCUGCAACUACGCGUGCCGCCGGCGGGACGCCCUCACGGGCCACCUGAGGACGCACUCCGUUGGUAAACCUCACAAAUGUGGAUAUUGUGGCCGAAGCUAUAAACAGCGCAGCUCUUUAGAGGAACAUAAGGAGCGUUGCCACAACUACUUGCAAAGCAUGGGUCUUCCAGGCACCCUGUACCCAGUCAUUAAAGAAGAAGCUAAUCACAGUGAGAUGGCAGAAGAUCUGUGCAAGAUAGGAUCAGAGAGAUCCCUCGUGCUGGACAGACUAGCAAGUAACGUCGCCAAACGGGACAAGUGCCUGUCGGACAUGCCCUAUGACAGCAGCGCCAGCUACGAGAAAGAGAACGAGAUGAUGCAGACCCACGUGAUGGACCAAGCCAUCAACAACGCCAUCAGCUACCUGGGGGCAGAGUCCCUGCGCCCGCUGGUGCAGACGCCCCCGGGCAGCUCCGAGGUGGUGCCGGUCAUCAACCCCAUUUACCAGCUCCACAAGCCCCACGCAGAGGGCCCCCCGAGGUCUAACCACUCGGCCCAGGACAGCGCCGUGGAGAACCUGCUGCUGCUCUCCAAGGCCAAGUCGGUGUCCUCCGAGCGGGAGGCGUCCCCAAGCAACAGCUGCCAAGACUCGACGGACACGGAGAGCAAUAACGAGGAGCAGCGGGGCCUCAUCUACCUGACCAACCACAUCAACCCGCACGCCCGCAAUGGCCUGUCCAUCAAGGAGGAGCACCCAGCCUACGACGUGCUGCGGGCGGCCUCCGAGAGCUCCCAGGACGCCUUCCGCGUGAUCGGCACGAGCGGGGAGCCCAUGAAGGUGUACAAGUGCGAACCCUGCCGGGUGCUCUUCCUGGACCAUGUCAUGUACACCAUCCACAUGGGCUGCCACGGCUUCCGCGACCCUUUUGAGUGCAACAUGUGCGGCUACCACAGCCAGGACCGGUACGAGUUCUCGUCCCACAUCACGCGGGGCGAGCACCGCUUCCACAUGAGCUAAGCCGGGCCGAGAGAGGCAUGUGGGGCUCAGGCCCUCCCCUCCUGCCCGCAGCCGGGACUGGACCAGAACCUUGUGCUUUGAUUUCUAGGUGGUUUUUCGUUUCGUUUUGUAUUUUUUUUUUUUAAGUCGGUUGGUUGGCUGGGGUUUGAUUUGCCGAGAUUUUUACUGUUAGAGACAAGGUUACAUGUGGACACCCCACCCCCACCCCCCAAAUUGCUAUGUUACUAGAUGUGCUCAUAGACUGUUAGCCGAAAUCCCCUUCCCCACUUCCUAGAAUUCCCCUCCUCCAAAGAGUUGCUCAUUUUUAGAGAAUGUUUGGUAAAAAUAGGUCAGGGCAUGGGAAGGAAUGAGCUGUGCUGAGCGUCCCUGCACCCCAUGUGGCUGCCGAGGCCCCAGAUGCAGUGAGCACAGCCCUUGGUCCUCAGCCUGGCAGGUGAUUCUGCCCCCCACAACACAGCAGGGCCAAGUAACCCAAGCUGGAGCGUCUGAUCACGUGCAUCUAGGUCUGGAAGCCUGCAAUUUGUAAAAGAUGUGAUUGUAAGUCACAGCCUGAACAAAAAGUACACUGUUGGAGCAACGCUGGACUCCCCGGGCAAAGGGCACAAGGAGGGGUCGGAGGACCUGGUAGUCUCCGUCUCAGUUUCCAAACUGCUGUAGCACUGCUCAGCCUUCUCCGGCUUCCAGCAGGUGGAAGGCGCCCCCAACUGCACACCCCCGGAGGUCCAUCUGGAGACCUCGGCCCUCACAUCUGUGCCUCUCAUACCCAGAGUCCGACACUGCACUUUCAACAUCCAUCGUGAAGUGCUGACCUUAAUUCCUUUGAACCUCUCAAAUGGUAACGUUCCUCAGAAACCAAGGCUUUAUCCAAAUUCCACACUCUUCACUCCCUGGCUGGUUCCACUGACAGCCAGAAGUCUGUUUCCCCUCCGAGGCCCAACCUAGACCCCAUUUCAAUGAUGUCACUGGUUUGUUUGUUGGUACAUUUCUUUCCCUGUCCUCACGCUACAUUAUUCUUGUCCUAAAAUCCAUAAAAGGAGCAUGCAGUAUGAUCAGUCAUUUUCAGAGCAAGGAACUGCGAUGAGCAAAGCCCAGGAGAUGUGGCUAACAGGCUGAACCUACUUGUUAGAAACUAAACUUUGCAACCGUUUAAAACUCUCCUGUAAAGACAGAACAGCCUCUAUGUGCCCACCCAAAAAUAGGAAUGCCCUUUCUCACCUGGGGCUUAGAAGGUGCAGAGCAACCAUGAAACCCGUCAGCGAGGUCUGACGGGAAAGAGGCAGGUGGUUCUGGAGUUAGAACCCUUCUGAGCCGUGUUGCCUGGAGUCCCGCUGAGUUGUUUGGCCAUUCUUGUCCCCACUGGAAGGGGUAGCCCUCAAGGUUAAUCCUAUCAUUAAAGAUAAUAAUCCCAACCACCUAGGCAAGUAAAAACUGUACAGUUUCCAAUGUUUACAUGUCUUUGCCAAAACGGAACCAAGGUGAACAUGAAAAAAAAAAAAAGAAGAAGAAGAAAAAGAAAAAUUGUCUAUAAGCACCCCUGCAUGUAAUCUAAAUCUGAAUUUCUUAGUCACAGUGCCCUUGACAUUUGGGGCUGGAUCAUUGUUUGGGAUGGGGGAACCCCCUGUGCCUUGCACAAUAUUUAGCAUCAAUCCAGGUCACUACCCAACAGAUACCAGUAGCAACCAAAAAUCUCUCCAGAUGUUGACGAAUGUCUCCUGGGGAAGCAAGUUGAGAACUGAGUUGAGAACCCCUGCUCCACUUAAACCAGUCAAGGCUCUGGGAACCCUUCCCAAGAGCAAGGGUACUGGAAGAAUUGUCCCCUCUGGGGGUCUAGCUCCUGACCUGUGUUCCUUUGUACUCACUGAAAAUCCUAUAAAUGAAAUAGUCUCUCUCAUUCUUCAGAAGCAAAUCUUCUUGUGUGCGUUUGAGUUCUGUUGAAAGGAUGGAGCCCACACAUGUCAUUCUUGAGGUGUGGGUGUCUUUGCUUAUGAAACGGUGUGGUGUUUUGAAAUGGGAAACAGAGUCACAGGGAUUGAGACUCGGGUGCCUGGAUGCGCUGAGGCAGGUAGCGACAGGGCUGCUGACGGCUGCGAUUCCACACUCUGUCACAGAGAAAGCUAUAUUUCAUCCAAACGAAUAUGGUCAAGGUGAGAGACUUCAGAGAUUUCCGUUUUGCUGGCAGUGAACCUGCCUAGUUCUUUUCCAUCCAUCCCACACAGCCAGUUGGUGGAAAGGAGUUAAGUUUUCCCCACCACGUGGCUUCAGACAAAGCUGAACCCCAAACUGUAAAUAGUGGCCACAGAUGUUCUUUCCUAAAAUGCUCCCCAUCCUCUCCCCCCACCACUGCCUUUUCCAGCUAAUGUAACCGUCUAUUUACACACUUUUUCUUGUGGUUUUAUAUUGUAACACCAUUUUUCUUUGAGAUUAUUGUGUUUAAGGUAAGGUCCCAUAGACUGGCAACAAGUAAUUAAAUUAUGUUACAAAGAUGGUCCUAUUCUGUAACGAAAGCUGUUGACAUUUUCUCUUCUAGCUGGUUAAAGUAGGGUUUUGCAUGACUUCACCUCUUUAUGUGCUGUGGUCUGUUCUGUUGUUGGAUAGUGUGAGUGUGUGUCUUGGGAACUGCUGUGUCCUGAAGGGUGCCUAGGCUUUAUACACCUAUCUUUAAAAUAAACACUGGCGACAGGAGGGUCACUAGUUUGGGGUCAAUGUGUCGAUUACAGUAAGAAAUCACUGCCCUUCGCCUCCCGUCCCCAUCACUGAGCUUCCCCCAACAGAAAGCCUGGACGCCUGCUCCUCAACAAGGUCCCUUCUGUGACAAGGACCUCAGAGCACAGGCUGUCCUAUUGGAAGGAUCACUAAAAAGAUUUGAGGUGUCAUUGUUUUGCCACCAAAGAUCAUAUCCCCACACCAGUCACUUCAGAGGCCGGCAUGUUCCACUUCCAAUCGAGAAGCGUUCACAAAAAGAAAUCCUAGAAUCUUCAUUGACAAAGGAAGCUACUGUUAAUGGAGAUGUGAGUUUGGGGGUUUUUUUUUGGGGGGGGGGUUCUUGAUUUGUUUUGAUUACCAUGUAGCUCUCAUAGUGUGGUAUUUUUGCCAAAGCAGAAGAGGAAUCAGAUGGACUUGCAGAGACAAAUCACGAAGCAGAUGUAUUUCUCUUUACCUGCACUUUUUGAGUUUCAGCAAUAAGGAAGGGUCAACUUACAAUCCAGUCAGCUUUCAUUCAGCUCAGUGUGUGUGUGUGUGUGUGUGUGUGUGUGUGUGUGUGUGUUUAACUUUAAAAUGAACCACAGUCAGAUCUAUUUAAGAUGGACAGGUCUCAGAAGAAAGAAGUACAUCCACACAUGGGUAUGGUCGCCUUCACUGUGAACAGAUGUAACCAGGUAUUAAUAUGCAAUAUUGUUUCAAAUACUUUCUAAUACACUUUUUUACAAUGUUGUCUGUGGGGGAGCCUCAAGGUCCAAUUUGCUUGCAUCCCGGUGCAGCUUUAAGUCUCCGAACGCCAUUCUGGAAAAUAUGUGUACAGGACUGUAAAUGAGAAAAUGCUCUUGUAUUUCCCAUCCGCCUUCUCUGGUGAUGUUAAAUUAUUUCGUUUAGCUGUGAACAAGGGGUAGCAUACCCCCUGGAGGAAUAGAGGAUCCUUUUGUACACAUUUUGAAAAUGCUUCUUCUGUAGUGAUAGAACAAAUAAAUGCAACAAAUACUU